UUAUACCAACCCCUUGUGACAUUUCCUCCGCUGCUUGGUUUGUUUCUAUUGUCUUGCCGUUACAGCAUUUCUUCCACAACGACAGCGUCUGAAUCGUGUUGGUCUGGUUGGUGAUAGAUUGGGUUGAAACCACUGGAAGAGAUGAUGGGGAGGGUGGGGCGAUUAUCGAUCAUUGCUGUAAUUGUCGCGACAUUGGGGAUUUUGAGAUCGUUGAGCCAGCAGUACGGAUGGGAUAAGGACGCAGCUCUGCAGUUCUUCCGUGAUUUGUCGGAUCGAUUGGGAUUUUGGGCGAUUCCUCUUUACGUUCUGGCUCACACCGUAACAAUUGCUCUCUGCUUGCCCUACGCUGUUUUCUUCGAAGCCGGAGCUUCUCUGCUUUUUGGUUUCCUCCCUGCUCUUCUCUGCGUCUUCUCUGCUAAGAUCCUUGGAGCUUCUCUUUCAUUCUGGAUGGGCAGACUUGUUUUCAGGCGGUCAAGCACAGCAAUGGACUGGGUGCAAGGAAACAGAUAUUUUCACAUUGUAUUGAGGGGUGUUGAACGAGAUGGAUGGAGAUUUGUCCUUCUUGCUCGCUUCUCGCCCAUUCCUUCCUAUGUCAUCAACUACGCAUUAGCUGCUACAAGAGUUGGAUUUCUCAUUGAUUUCCUUCUCCCUACAGUUAUUGGAUCCUUGCCUAUGAUUAUACAGAAUACAUCCAUCGGCAGCCUUGCUGGUGCUGCUGUAGCUUCUGCAACCAGCUCCCAGAGAUCUCAGUUCUUGUCAUACCUCUUUCCUCUACUUGGGAUUUUAUCAAGUAUUCUCAUAUCCUUGAGGAUAAAAAAGUACUCAUCAGAGAUCUCUGUGGCUUAAACCCUCUUUUCACGGGGAUGCUGAUAAACUGUACUAGGGCUGUGGACUGUCUCAAACUUCAAUCAGCGAAAAAGUUAGUGUUGAGGGGCUGAAGAAUUUUGGCUACAAGAUCAUAAAUAGCUUUGUCAUCAAUUUUUAUGAUGGGUUCUUCAUCUUACCUGUUUCCUUUCAAUUUUACUCGCUAAAAAUGGAAGAUGAAUUGGAAUUUUUGAACCAGUCUUGCAUUUUGUAAUUUUUCUUAGGUUUACUGUUAGUAAGCACCCCCCCCUCUCCACCACCACCAUUUUUUUUUCUUUUCGGGUUUAGUGCUUCAGGAUCUCUACAUGUUGGCCUUUUAUUCAAGGGACCCAUGGAAAAAGAAAAAGAAAAAGGAAAGUUUGCCUGUGUGGGCAGGUUUUUGGUGACCA